AUGGAAUUAAAUAAAAAUGAAGAUAUAAAUAAAAUAAAUUUGGAUGGUAUACAAGUUGAGUCUUCCUCAAAAGAGGAAGCCAUUAGGGUUUGUACUCGUAUAAGACCCUUGUUCGAGAAAGAAAUUAACAAUGGACACUUAAAGGCUUGGAAAAUGAACGAAACGGAUAUGCACUUAAUUAUAGAUCCCCCGUCCAUGACAGAAAUGUUAAAUGCAAGAGUUGCUAAAAAAGGAAAUAAAAUAGAAUUAAAAAAAAAUGUGGAAAAGAGUGAAGGACAAAAAGCUGUUAUUCAGCGUCAUUAUGCGUUUGAUAGAUGUUUCGACGACUAUGUUGGAAAUGAUGAGGUUUACAAACAUUUAGCAAGAGAUAUUAUUCUGGAUACAUUUAAAGGAAUUAAUGGGUGUAUUUUGGCGUAUGGACAAACCGGUUCAGGAAAAACGCACAGUGUCAUGGGCAUUCCGGAUGAUCCAGGUAUGUUACCAAGAUCGUUAGCGGAAUUUUUUAAUGGUAUUGAAAAUCCAUCUUCAUUAAACGAAAACAAUAUAAACAUUGGUGAUGAUGAUGGGCACUCAAAUGAGAGUAACAAUAAUAAUGAUAAUAAUAAUACAAAGGAGUUUUUAAUGAGUGUGACUUAUUUGGAGGUAUAUAUGGAACGAGUAAAUGAUUUACUACAAGAAGGCUAUAGAGGUGGGGCUACCGAAAAUUUAGAUGUUAAGGAAGACCCCAAAAGAGGAUUUGUUGUUAUAGGUAUUCAAGAAGAAACUGUAACUUCUAUAGAUGAAGUUAUGCUUCUGGUGGCAAAAGCAGAACAAAGAAGACAUAUAGCGCAAACAAAUUUUAAUGAGACAUCAUCUAGAUCCCACACAAUAUUUACAGUAAUAUUAGAAUCGAAUCAAGUAUUAAAUGAUGGAACAUCUAUUAAUAAAAAAGGAGAAUUAAAAAUUGUAGAUUUAGCUGGUAACGAAAGAGCAGGAAGAGCGGCUGAAGGGAUAGAAAAUUCCAAAACUCUUAUGGAAGAAGGAAAAGCAAUAAAUAAAAGUUUAUUUGUUUUAAGUGAAGUUAUAUCAAAAUUAUCUAAAAGAGCUCAAACUAUAACAGCAGGUGAUGAAAAAAAAAUUAAAAGGAUUCAAGAGGAUUUGGUUUUUAUUCCAUGGAGAGAUUCAAAAUUAACUAGAAUUUUGAGUAAAAGUUUAGGAGGGAAUUGUCGUGCAUCUGUUAUUGUUGCUGUUCAUCCAUCUCAUUUUUAUUUGGAUACAUCAUUUUCUACUCUUCGUUUUGCUUUAAAAUGUAAAACAAUAAAAAAGAAAAUAGAGGUGAAUUAUUUAUCAGCUGAGCAAUCUGUUAUUAUGCAACAAAAGGAAUUAAUAGCAAAGUUACAAAAUCAAUUAAAACAUUUAGCAACAACUAAAAAUGUAGAUAUGCAACUUAGUGGAGGAGGAGAUAAUAAAUAUUCUACAAAUCGAAAACCAGAAGAUGAUGAAAAAAUAUUAGCAUUAAAACAUGAAUUAGAAGAAAAAGUAAAAAAAUUUCAAAAUUUUAUAUUAAAAUCAGAAUUUCAUGUAAAUUCUAGUAAUUAUAGGACACUUCGUUCAAUUGAUGAACAUACAGAAAAGUCUUUAAAAUAUUCUAUGUCUAUUUCAGCUAAUAUGAAAAAUGAAUAUAAUUGGUUAAGGUCUUUAGAUACUAAUGAAUAUGAUACCAAGUGGGACGGCUUCGAUAAAUAUGAUGAUCAGAAUGCUAAAGAAAAAUUUAAUAUAUCUAAAGCUAUGGAUUAUUUAAAAAAUAAAUCACCAUAUAAAUUGAAUUCUUCCGAAAUGAGUGAUAUAUUAUCAACUGGAUCUCAGAAGGAUGAUUCUAUUUCAUUGAAUUAUUAUAACGAGUUGGAUGAAUUAGAAAAACUCGAAAAACAUGAACUAAUGAAAAGAGAAAAAAAAAGGAAAGAAAACAACAAAGAAAAGGAUCGAGAUAGAGAAAAAUUGGAUGCAAGGAGUGUUGUUUCUAAUAAGGUCUAUGAUGAUAUAAGUAAAUUAAAUAUUAUUGAAAAUAAUAAUUUUAAUGAAAAUAAGGAUAAGUUUCAUUUGAAAAGGAAGGAAACGAAGAAGAAACAAAAAAUGCAGAAAAGAAUUAAUAACAUGAUGGAUUAUAUGACAAAGGGCACUUUAUUAUUUAAGAAAAGUACAAAGUUGAAGAAUAAAAAUAAAAAAAAAAAAUUAACAAACAAUAAUAUAAAUAUUAAUGAUGAUAAUAUUAAUGAUGAUAAUAUAAAUGGUGAUAAUAUAAAUGGUGAUAAUAUAAAUGGUGAUAAUAUAAAUGGUGAUAAUAUAAAUGGUGAUAAUAUAAAUGGUGAUAAUAUAAAUGGUGAUAAUAUAAAUGGUGAUAAUAUAAAUGAUGAUAAUAUAAAUGAUGAUAAAAUAAAUGAUGAUAAUAUAAAUGAUGAUAAUAUAAAUAAUGAUAAUAUAAAUAAUGAUUAUAUUAAUAAUAAUAAUAAUAAUAAUAUCGAUUAUUCUUUUAAUACAAAAAAGAUAACAAAGAAAUAUAAAAAAAAAGGUAAAAUAAAUAAAACACAGCAAAUUUGUAGAGAUAAGGACAUGUAUGAGAUUUCAUCUAUUAUGCAAAAUGCUGUUGAAGAAAAAAGAGAUAAAGAUAUUUUAAAAGGAAAAGGUGAAUCUCCAUUUCAAUCUUUUGAUAAUAAUAUAAAUGACACUAGUAAUGUACUUAUAAAAUCCAUUUCUUCUUCUGUAAAGUUUCUUUCUUCAAAAGAAAGAUAUAAUAAUAACCAAAAAAGAAAAUCCAUUAUAUCAAAUUUGAAGGAAAAGAUAGAAGAGGAUUUAAAGAAAAAGAAAAAAAUUAUUAAUAGAAAUGUGGAACUUAAUAAACAAAUAAAGUUUAUAAUGAAACUUAUGCAAAAGCUUGGACUUAGUGCAAUACUAACAGGAACAGUUCCUCCAGGACGAAACAUAGAAAACGUUUUAAAAUUACAGGAAAAUUUAAAAGACGACUUAAGACUUGCAGAAUAUAAUAAAAAAUCAACAAAUGUAUUAGGAGUAAAGAAGAAAGGUAUUUAUAAUGAAAAUAACGAUGGAAAUGAAAUAGAUGAGGGGUAUGAUACAAAAAAUGAUAAUAUGGAGAAUACAUUACUAAAUUGUACAUUAGACGAAAAUGAAAAUGACACAGAAUAUAAUGAAACUAUAUCACAUGUGUUUAUAAAUGAAAUGUUCUUUUCCUUUGUAUUAAGAAUACAGCAGAAGUAUUUUAACAAGGGUGAUUCAUUAAAUGAUAUAGAAGAAAUAUUAAAGAAUGAAGAAGAUCCAUAUGAUAUAUCUAAAAAGACUUUGGAGGAAAUACUAGGGUGUACUGUAGCAAAUAAAGUAAGUGAUAUGGAAGAAAAAAAUUGUAAUAGUAAACAAAUAAAGGAUGAAAAAAAUAAGAAAACAAUCGAUUCGAUUUUAAAUAUGUUAACACCUUGGGAACAAAAAAUAUUGGCUCUUUUAUAUGAACAGCAAAAAAUGAGACAGGAUGUACAGAAAAUUAAGGAGAAGUUUUCACAACGUAUUCAAAAUAUAAAUAUCUUUAUCAAAAAAAUAUUGAUUGACAAAAUUGAGGUGGAAAAGCAUUUGAAUAGAGUAUUAAAAGCAACGGAGAACUAUAAAGAGGAUUUAUUAAAAACUUCUGAUGUAGAUUCGAAUUUCAAAUUUGCUGGUUUAAUGAAAAAGUUAGAGGAAUUAUCCAUAUCCUUGGCUGAAAAAAAUAGAGAUUUCAACGUAUUGGCAGAGUUCCAUUUGAAUUUGAGGAAAACGCUUGAACAUAAGGAUAAUUUAAUUAAGGAACUAAAGGAGGAAAAUAAAUUAUUUUAUUUAGUUCCCAGGUAUAAUGAACUAUUGCAGCAGUUGGAUGAAACGGAGGAGAGUGUAACUAUUGGUGAUCCGAAAGAAGGGCAUAUUUCACAAGAGGAUAGGAUGCAAAGUAGGGUUCAUAUGAAUGACAAUAAUACAUGUGAUGUCAACAAAUGUGAUGGUAAUAUAGGUGAUGUUAACAAAUGUGAUGGUAAUAUAGGUGAUGUUAACAUAUGUGAUGAUAAUAAAGGUGAUGGUAAUAUAUAUGAUGGUAAGUAUAUGAAUAUAGCAACAAAGGAGUUAAAAAAAGAAUUCCUUUUAAUGUAUGGCAGAUUAAUGUUUUCCAGAAAGAAAUUACAGGAAAAAGAAGUUAUAGAACAUGAUAUGAGAAAUUUAAAUAAAAAGAUUUACACGGAAUUAGUAGAAUCCAUAUCUGUUAUAAAAAAUUUAGAAUCUCAAAACAAAUUCUUAGAAUUUAAAUUGAAUAUGGAAAAUAAAAAAAAGUUGGAGAAAAUUAAAAAACUAGUAAAGGAAAAGGAAAAACUAAAUAAAUUUAUACAUGAAAUAGAAAAAAGGUUACAAAAUGAAAAUAUCGAUUUCGAGGAUGUGAAAAAAGAAAUUCUUGUUAAUAAUAAUAUGUCAGAAAAUAAUUUAGAAAGUCAAGAUGAUGAAAAUGAACAUAAAGAUUUUAUAGAAAAAUUAGAAAAUGAGGGAAACAGUAAAAAUAUAAAAAAAGGAAAAAAGAAAAAAAGCAAAAUAAAAAUAAAAAAAAAAAAAGAGGAAAAUGAAGGAAGGAACAAAAUCAAAAAUUAUAUGAAAGAGAAAAGAGUAAACAAAAAUGGAAAUAAUCAAAAUGAAUAUGAUCAUAAUGAUGAUGAGGAAAUGUAUGAUGAAAGGAAUGGAAAUAAAAAUGAUGAUAGUGAAAAUCAAAAAAUAUAUUAUGAUCAAAAUAUUAAUUUUGCUAAAGAUCAAAAUUAUAAUCACAAGGAAUCUACAAAUAAUGACUAUAAAUUUAAGAACCGUUUCCGAAAUAAUAUAUUAAAUGCAAAAAUCGAUUCAAAUCUUAAAAAAAAAAAAAAGAUCAAAAUAAAAAAAAAUAUAUCUGAAGAAAAAAUCAAAUUAAAUAGUUUAUAUGAAGAUAGCCAUAGUGGAUUAUUUGUAGGCAAAUCAAACAAAUAUCAAAUUGAUGAGAAGAAAAAAAAAAAAAUUAUAAAAAAUAAGAUAGCUACAAAGAAUAUACAAGCAGUCGAUGGUUAUCAUGGACAACAUAUAAUGCCUGAUAAGUAUUUAUCAAGUAAUAGUAUAAUUAACCAAAAAUUAAUGAAAAACAAAAAGAGAAUAAAAAGUAAAAAAUAUAUACCACCCCUCGAUGGAGAACAAAAGAGUUUUCUGGAUUCUCUAAGGUCUAAAAAUAGUGUAAUGAAAAAGAAGAACAACAAAAAAAAAAAAAAAACAAAAAUAAUAGAUAAAGGAAAGACAAAGAGAAAUGUAGAAAAAAAUGAACCAUCUGAAGAAAAUCAACACCAAGGAAAUAAUAACAAUAAUAAUAAUAAUAAUAAUAAUAAUAAAGAAGAAAAGGGAAAAGAAAUGUGGGAAGAAGACAAAUAUAACUCUUCCUCUACUGAUUUUGAAAAUAAUGAAGUUCGUCAAAUGUUAGAUGUGGAAAUUGAAAAAAAAAAAAGUAAUCAAAUGUUACAUUAA